AUGAUGAAGCACAGACCUCUCGGUGAGCAGCUUGCGUACGCUGUGCUCCUCGACACCGUGGAGAACGAUGCUCUCGAUGUCGGUGACGACGUGGACGCUGCGCCAGUCGCGUCAAUUCCGCAUCCAGACCCUGAGUCCCACGGCUCUUUUUUGUCAAAAUAA